ACCCCCCUCUUAAGUCAUUCGCUGCCACAACUCCCGCCACCAACCCCCCCUCAACAAUGCCCUCACAUCCGCUGUCUCCCAUUGAUUUAUCUAGUUCCUCUGACCGUCUGAGCAAUCUUUCGGUCACCGCGACCCCUCUUCCUACUUCUCCCUCCGGGUUUUCAUCCUCCUCGUUGUUCCCGCCGUCCGCGCGUUCAGGUGCCACCCACCCGCCGCAUUCGACCCCAAGACGAAUUCCCAGCACCAGCUCCUUGAGAGAGGAACGGCGAAAAUCCCCUCCUAGCUUGAAGAAGUGCUCCUCUACCGCGUCCUUGCGUUCGGUUCCCCUUGCGAAUGGUGGUUCUGCAUCGCCUCGCCGCAGUUUGUCGCGCCGUUCCUCCUCCACGCUCGCAACCUCCCCGACGCCCACCGCGACGACGCUCAGCAAUAGCUACACGAUGUCGGCCAAAAAGUCGCCGCGGUCCACGGCGGCCACCCCCGAGCAUUGUGCACCCACCACGCCCGCGUCUAUUGCUGCAGAUCACUUCAAAAGGGAAGUCGAUUUGCACCAGUCGACCGACCGCCAAUCCCAGACUCUCGUGAUCGUCCACGAUGCGUGUUAUGGCCACCGGUUUUCGCGUCCUCGAGCGUCCCGUGCCGCCUUGAAUUCGAUUGUCGAACGACCAGAACGGAUCCGCGCCUGUGUGCUAGGAAUCUCCGUGGCUUAUGUUCGUCUUGCCCGCCGACAUGCCGGUGGCCAAUUUGCCCCCCACCCCGACCUGAAUCUCCAUCAGCUACCGAUCCCGCCGUUCCAGAUCAGAAAGACUGCGCGAACCUUGGCAGUGGGCUCUCCAGCGGUUACCCAUGUGCAUGGAUCUAGGUGGAUGGAGGAUCUCAAGACUAUGUGCGAUGCUGCAGAGUCGCGACUCGCCUUGAAUGGGAAGGAAUUGGUCCGACCCCACAGCAGUGGGAAGGACGCUGCCGCCGGGACGACGACGACGACGUCGACCCAUCAGUCGUUUCACGAAGGCGAUCUUUACCUUUGUUCCGAGUCUUUGAAUGCGUUUGAGGGCGCCUUGGGGGGGGUGUGUGAAGGGAUCGAUGCGGUCUUUAGCCCUUCUUCUUCUACCAAGCGUGCCUUUGUCUGCAUUCGCCCUCCCGGCCAUCAUUGCUCGUCCGGUCACCCAUCUGGAUUCUGUUGGAUUAAUAACGUGCAUGUGGGUAUUACUUAUGCCGCCAUGACCCAUGGACUCACCCACGCCGCCAUUCUCGACUUUGAUCUUCACCACGGCGAUGGUUCCCAGGAUAUAGCUUGGCAACAGAACCAGACGGCGGCCACGGCGCCCCGCAAUGCGGCUUCGUACAAAAAGACCCGAAUCGGGUACUUUAGCUUGCACGAUAUUAAUUCGUAUCCGUGCGAAAUGGGCGAACCGGAGAAGGUGCGCAACGCGAGUGUCUGCAUCGAAAAGGCACAUGGACAGUCCAUUUGGAACGUUCAUCUGGAACCGUGGAAAUCCGAACGCGAAUUUUGGGCGCUCUAUGGCGCCAAAUACACCGUCUUGAUUGAUCGAGCCCGUGCGUUUUUGCGGAUGCAUACAGAACGCUUGGCCGGUAACCCGAAUGGCCCUCCUCCCCAGGCGGCGAUUUUUAUUUCAGCUGGAUUUGAUGCCAGUGAAUGGGAGGGAGCCGGGAUGCAGAGACACCAGGUGAAUGUCCCCACCGAGUUCUACGCCAAGUUUACUGCGGAUGUCGUGCGCCUGGCAGAGGAAGAAGGGUUGGGUGUGGACGGCCGAGUUAUCAGCGUGCUGGAAGGAGGUUAUAGCAACCGGGCCUUGACCACCGGCGUACUGAGCCACCUGUCGGGAUUGGGAGAUGGGACACAACAACGCUCGGGAUCGGGCACGGAAGAUCAGAUUAAUCGCCUGGCCACUGAAAUGACGGACCGUCUAGGUCUCUCGGAGCCCACCACUCCAGCGGACAAUCAACAACCAGGAUUGGAAGCACUUUAUGAUCGUGAAUGGUGGUCUUUGCCCCUGGUGGAAGAGCUCGAGGCUCUAGUAUCCCCACCACCCCUGCCACCGGUGGUCAAACCUCGAGAAAAGGCAGCCCCUACGUAUUUUGCUCCUACGCAAUCCUUUGCUGCCAAGGUUGUCCUCCUCCCAUCCCGAGACCGCAAAUCCACCACCAGCUCUCAGGCCAGUCUCGAUUUGGAUACUCCGCCACUGCCCCCGCUGCCGCCGGUGACCUGGGCGGUCGCUGCCCAUGAGUUGUCCAAGAUCCUGAUCCCGAGUGAUCGCCAAACGACGAGCUAUCGGCCUGGGGACCUCAACGCCGAAGCCUCGCGAUUGAGACGCGAACGCCAGACGGCAGCCAUCACCGACACAGCUCCGACCGGUCCGGCGGCGACUGCGGUCGAGGAUAAUAAGAGGAAGCUUCGCAUGCGGAAGCCCAAGACCUCGCUCCCUAGUCCGCCGAGGGCUGAGACACCGGGGCGGCGAAGCAAUAGGAACAGCCGACGAACCACCCUUGACUCUCCUAGUGCGCUUCCUAAUUCCACUAGAUCCCCUAGCAUGCUCGCAACUCGUAGAAAGAGCGCCUCUGCCACCCCGACGACCACCGGGUCUUCUUCCUCUUCGACCCCGGAACAAGAUGGAUCGGACCAGAGACCCGCUUCCCAGGGCUCCACCAGUGUGCGGAGGAAGCCUAACACAUCUCGGGCUGCAACCCCCCGACGAACGGCUAGUCCCCGCAAGACACCUCCUGUGCCACAGGUUCCGUCUGCCUUUAUUCCUGUACCACCCUCCGGGGAGGAGGAGGAGGAGGAGGAGGAGCAGCCGACGACUGGAUCCACUCCUGGUGACAACGACCGCCAAGGGCACCCUGAUAUGGAUAGCUUAGUCGCCAGAGUGGGCAAGCUAAGCAUAAAGCUCAAAGUACCCUCUCCGGAAGAGAACGCAGCUCGAGAGAAAAAGGCAGCCGAGGAGCGCAAACGUCCAACCUCCAAAGGCACAUCCAAGGCGACCCGGGCUCCCAGGAAGGCCUCCUCCGCCCUUAAAUCCCUACCUUCGAGCUCUUCCACUCAACCCACCUCUGAGUCUCCAUCUCUCCCAGAUAUCCCCGCAAAAGAGGAGAAGCCAGCAGAUGCGAAGCCCCCGAGUGCUUCCCUGGUGACUCCCGUCGCGUCGUCACCUGUGUCAUCACCUAUUCCUAUUCCGUCACAUAUCGACUCUACGGAACCUGAGCCUGUCAGCACACAAGAACAGACUUGGAACAUGGCGACUGAAUCCAAGGCUCCCGCGCCGCACACCCUUUAUGCCAAUGUCUCUCCUCCUCUGACCCCAGGACCUACGAGCGAUUCUGCGGGUCCUCGGUCCAUGCUGUACUCGCCCACGGCGUCGGUUCCAAUGACGAUGCAUGGCCUCCCGGUACUUACGUCGCAUGAACCUAUUCCUUUUGCGCCGUCCAAUGCGUCAAAAGCAGCAGUGAACGAAGCCAAGCCGGGAGCUUCGACUUGAUUUUGCCUCUACGUACUAAGGAUGCUUGCUGUUCGCCUCUGAAUUGUCUUUAUUGCUCCAUAUUUUACCUGUUACUAUACCCCUAUUGUUUGGAGUUUUAUUUUCU